AUGUAUGACGGUUCCACUGUGUUCUGCCCCACCAACCGCGCGAUCGUGGGCAUUGCCAGGGCCGUCGGCCUCAAGUCCACCCAGGCCCUCCUGGAUGACCUCGCCAAGGGCGCCUCCAGCCGCUACAGCAAUUGGGUCACGAAGGUCCUCAAGUUCCACGUGGCCGUGGGCGUCUACACCCAGUACCUCCUGCCCAUCACCAACGACACGACCGCCGGCGUGCCGCUCAACACGCUGCUCACCGCCGACGACGCGGCCGCCGUGCUCAUGCUCCAAAAGGCGCCGCGCGGCAAGGGGCCGCGCUCCAAGCUGCAGGUUUCCAUCAGCAACCCCGCCGUCGGCGCCCGCGAGACGUCCCGCGUGGUCGGGUUCAACUUCUCAUUCACGGGCGACUACGUCAGCGGGACCGACAAGUUUGUGGCCCACGCGAUCGACAGGCCGCUCGUGCUGCCGCCCAGCACGUUCACGAACAUCGACAAGCUCAUCACCGCCCUCCAGGGCACCGCCAAGAUCAGCGCGCGCUACUUCAGGCCGCUCAUCAACACCGCGCUCAAGUCAAACGGCGCCGGCACGCUCUUCCUGCCGCUGGACUCUGCCUGGUACGCCCUGGGCACCAGCGGUCCCUCGACCUCAUGGGCCCCCAACUACUUCAUCCGCGCCAUCGACAAAAACAGAAAGCUCAGGGACGCGCUCGCCAAGUACCAUUACGUGGAUGGCACCAUCACAGGCACGGGCAACGUAACAACUUUGUAUGGCGAGCCCAUCAUCCUUGACUCGCCCACCGUUGGCAAGGUCACAGGCAACCUGAGUCCCCAGGACGUCGCAACCCUCAAGGAGUCCUACACCGUCGCCCAGCUGACCGUCAACGUGCUCGACGGGUACCCCCUGCUGCCCAAGUCCACCCCGUGA